UGGCCGAGACCGCGAUGGUGGGAAAGCGACUGAGCACGUUGUGCGCGUCAGAGGGCACACUCAGCCGAUUCGGUUGAUGGAAUCUCCUUUCGAGUCCUCAAUAUACCACUCAGUCAUAUUUGAGAUCGCGUUGAAAUAGCUGGUGCGGUUCUUUUGAAGUUCAGUAAGGUGCUGUGCCGGCUUUCGCUAGCCUAUACCGGCGGAAUUUCUACCUAUUGAAGAGGAAGGAAAAUAAGCAAAAAUGCAUCAGACCUAUAUGCUAUCGAUUGUAGCCAUAGUGCUCCUCGCAAUUUUUGCCAAUUAUGUGGAAUCAUGUUCCUGCAGAUCUACACACCCUCAAGAGCACUACUGCAAUGCAGAUUUUGUGGUCCUAGCCAGGAUAAAGAAGCAUAGAGUCAACAACGACACGAUCGUCUAUAAAAUAAGGAUCAAGAAGGAAUACAAGAUGUCUGAAAAGGCUUACGUGGCCUUGAAAUCGGACAAAAUAAUCACUCCCAAGUACGAUUCGAUGUGUGGUCUGCAGCUGGAGAUUGGAAAGCUUUACGUAAUAUCGGGGCGUGUUUUGUCGCUCAGGGCCUACGUCAAUAUGUGCGGAUAUGCCGCAAAAUGGGAGACCAUAUCGAGGCGCCAGAGAAAAGGCCUGAGGAAAAUGUACGAUUACGGAUGUACGUGCAAAAUAAAGAGAUGCAAUUCGCAACAUUGCCCGAAGAAUGUCAACACCUGCAACUGGAAGAGCAGAUGUCACGAACGAGAGGGAAUAUGCCUAAGACAGGCGAACAAUCAUUGCAAUUGGACACGGAACGCUGCCCUUAGCAAAUGCCUGAAAAACACAACAGAUCUACUCACCAUUUCUCGAUGGUCUGGGUAGAAGGUUUGGUCGAUAAGUGGAAAAUUCUCCUUUCCAAGUCUCCUUUGUAGUUGGACCAGAUGGCCAAAUACCCAUGGCUUAUCCUGAAAGUGAAAAAAAAGUAGUUGAACUCAAAAGUUACAAAAAAAGGCCUACUGUUCCAAUAGUUCGAUAAGCGUCACUUCAAAAAAAAAUCACCAGUUCGCAAAAAAAGAAGAAGAAAAGCAGAGAGGCUACAUGAACGAGGUAUAAUAGAGUUAAAGACAGAACAAUAUAAAUAACGAAAAAGGAACUGUAAGCAAAAAAAAUAAGAGGAUGAGGCCUCUGAGGAAUGAAAAAGUGAUCUAAUAUUAAUUUUGAAUCACAGAAGUGAUGCCAAGGAUCAUUAAGAUCCCGAUCCUAAAUCUGUUUUCUUGUGUAAAUAUUUGUUGGAUAAUUAUUUUCGUGAAUUGUUACUUGUUUUUGUGUUUGUAUCAAUUUCUUCUAGACUUUUAGACGUUUAGGUCGAAGAGAAUCAGUAUUAAUCUACUCUUAGAACCAUAGAGAAUUAAUUUAUACAGGACGUCUGGUAUAAUUAAAGUCACCUCAGGACCUUCCAGACCACAAGGUGAUUUUGAAAAUAUUGAGAAAUUUCAAAGGUCCUAAACUUUCGAAGCAGUCAAGUGAUCUUAAGGAUUUUGAUAUUAUCUGUAGAUUAGACAUUCGAGUUUGUGAAAAAGAAUACUUCCAGAAUUACAUGUCCGUAAUAAUUUCUUCUGAAAGCAAUGAAAGAAGAAAUCGUAUUGUAGAAAAAUACUAGAAAGAACAGAAAAAAUGUUUCCAGUUCCAUUUAUCAGAACGGAUGGUAUUUCUUAGCCCAUUAGGCUUCAUUCUUGUGAUAUUUGAAGAGAUGGAUUUAUAUGGACAUCUGGAUCUCCUGAUCUAAAACCACUUGACUUUUUUCCUUGGAGUCAUUUGAAGUCAAUCAAUAAUAUAGAAAAAACUUAUGUCACGAAUAAACACCUGAAAAAUUAUCCAGUAUCAGUUGACUACUUCGAAAGUUAAGCCGUUUGAAAUUUCUUCAAAUUUUCUAAAAUACAACAAAACGAUAGUUCUAAGAUGACUUUAAAUAUCAUUUCAGAACUCACAAUUUUCACCUGAGCGUUGUUCUACUGGUCACCAGACACCCUGUAUAUUAAUUUGAAUUAAGCCCCAUCUGAAAUUGUAUAAAUCCUGAAUUUCCUAAAUAGCCUUGAGGAUAUCCUAGAUGAGUUCACAAGUUGGUUCAGACGAGGAAUUGUUAGUUUUCGAAAACUUUUUCCAAUCCCCCGCAUAGUUGGCUUGAUUAGUUUUCUGACACUUCUCUUAGUUCAUGAACGGUACAAAAAGAUCAACGGAGUAAUUGCAUUGUUUGAUUGUAUCCUGGCUCCCAAGCUCUUUUACAAUGAACUUCCAUGCAAGAUAAUUACUUCAUUAGCGAUAUACGACUAUAUUCUCUCCGCAUUUAUGAUAUUGGUAUAAAUUAUUUAUUCUCCGUUCAAUAACGGGGGUAUUUGUGUUCAGGUACUUAUUUUCAAUUUCACGAUUCAGACGGCACUAAAAACUUUUUGCUGUGUAAGAAGAAUUCCAUCCAAGAGGAAUGCCAGUAAUUGAUAUUUCGAUUUCUUCAACUAUCGCGAUUAGAAGCAGAUAGUUCAGUGUUUUUCGAAGCAUUUUGUUCAAUGCGUUUUUCAGUUCAGUUCAUUCUUUCCUCACUAGAAUUGCAAUUAUUUUUCGGCUCUUAAAUUUUUUUCUUGAAAAAAAAAUUUAGUGUUUUCUGAUGGAAUUUUAUGUGUCACAAACCUUUCCAUGAGUACAGGUGAAUGCUGAACGAAAUCGAUAACGAAACAUUCGAAUCAGAAGCGUCGGUCAUCGCUUAUUCAGGUUAACGUUCAAGUAUAUCACAUUUUUAUUUGCAUUUUCGGUGUAAUUCCCGAGGUUCGUUGAACUUGUCGGCGAAAUCAAAAUAUGAGAUCCAUCCUCGUGAAAAACGAAAUAGACCGCAUAAAUAGCUUUAAUAGCUCGCUAUGUUAUUUUUAUUGAAAACAAGAUAAAUUUUGGAACGAAAAGCGUAAACAUAAGCGAAUCGGUUCUGGUCGCUGCUGUGGCCUUUGUGGCUUGGUACGAUCUGUUUGAUGCCAAAACAACAAAGCGUUUUGUGUCUGCUGCACCGAUACAGGAUUUGGGGAUUUGUUGGGAAUUUUCCACGCGCUUAGCGCUUUCUAUUUGGAAUUCCGAUUUUGUUUUGGGGCAAUAUUAUUAUUCACUGACAUGUUGUUGCUUGCAGUUUCAUGUACAUUUGGUUAUUUUUGUGCAAUGAGAGCGUUAAUUCUUUCUUUUUUUCAUUUUUGCCAAAGACUUCCAGAGAAUGUCUGGAGAUUAUGUAAAUCCCUAAUUAAAAAAUACUUUGUGUCCACACAAUUUUGGAAUUAAAGUUUUUCGAUUAUUAUAAUUAUAAUGUGGGGAAACGUCAACCAAAUAUUAAUUUCGCCCCAUUUUGUACUAAAAAUUUCCCAGAAUGUCAAACGCAUUAUGUUAGUCGGAUUAUUAUGAAUAUCAAUUAAAAUUGAAAUAUCUUCUUUUAUUUCGUCUUAUAGAAUGAGAAUCUCGGUUUCAUUUCCUUGAGAAUUUUGCCUAUUCAGGUUUAUUAUUCUAGAUGAGGAAAUGAUGUUUUUAUUAGUUCUGGAAUUUUAUAGUGUAAAACCAGUUUUUCUUAUAACCCUUCUGAUUUAUAUUAGACGUAAUAAAACUUUGCUAGUUGAUUAAUUAAACAAUUCAUAACAAUCACAUCAAGUGAUUUGAAAUUGAAAUGAGUUCUGUGGCGUCUUUAUUUAACGACUUAACUCGUGUGUACAGGAAAAACACCAUAGAAGCGGUAGUUUUCUAGUAGAAAAGACAUGUUGGUUAUUCAAAGACAGAAUUCUGACAAAUGCUCGAUAGUUCAUUCACAAUUUCCUUGUGGUUUAUUUUAAUUAUAUAUUUUUUCGACUUAAUUAAUAUUUGUCAUUUAAGAACUCAAUUUUUCGGCAAAUUUUUCAAGAAUGACGAAUCGUUGAAAUUGAUUUUUAUUUUUUAUUAUCAAUUUUGAUUCAGCGUAUUCUUUACAUUCGAAUGAAAGUUCUUUUGGAUUCGCAGCCGUUUUAAAAUCAUCAGUCAUUUAAAUUUGACUAUAAGAACUGAAAAAUACAUUAUCGUCUCAUAAAAUUCGUGUCUAACAUUGUUAUGAAUUAAUGAUGCAGGGAUAACAAAAAAUGGCGUAGGAUACACCUGCAAGAGUUGAAGAAUAAGGGGGGGCCAGGAUUUUUCAAGUGUAGCCAAAAUUUUUUGUCUAUCUAGUUGACGUUAAACUCAUGUUGUCUGUUUUUGUUCAUGCGAUAUUUCAGGUGGGCUAGCAAAAAUUUAAGGGGGCUCGGGCUUCACCUGGUCCCCCUCUAGCGACGCCACUGGUUGAAGGCACUCCGCUCCCUAUUUAUAAUAUACAACUACUGGUCCUUCGGUUCUGAUUCAAUGUUAAAUAUUCGACAACUCAAAAAUCAAUGCCCUAACUAAAUUUUUCACAAUUUUUGAUAUUCCACUCACCUGGAAAUUGUAGACAGCAUUCAGGUUGUUGAUGCUGGGUACUCCUCCGAAUUUGAGAGCCAGGAGCAACUUCUUGUAGUCCUCCCCUGCGUCCCUGAGAUUUUGCCUGACCUGAAAAACGUGAAUUUAGACAGCGAAAGGGAAUUGCAUCCUGCGUAAGCUACAAAAAUAGCCGAUGACCCAAAUUGAAAAGAUAUGUCGUGCAUUUUUUUGCGGCCUGAUCACGUGGAGAAUUAUGGCGCAAAUGUAGCCGAGGGAAUCAUAAUUUGUCAUCAGGACUGAUUUACGGGAUGGACGCGACAUUCUGAAAGCUAGGAAUUCCUCCCAGACUCACUUGUUGAUUCGUUAAAAUUCUUUGCGAAAUAACGAGAAUUAUGUCCAUCAUACUUUGAUGAUAAAUUUUCCUUAUUUAAUUUGAUUAGGUUUUUAUUCCUUAGAUGGGGCUAUUCGAGAAAUAUGUAUAUAGUAAUAAUAUGUAACAUAGUUGGUAGCUUUAGUGACUCCUUUGAAAUUUGGAUUAUAUUUUGUACUUGAUUCAUGACUGAUUUAUUUAUUAAUAAAAUUUUAUUAUUUUA